AUGCCCUCACGAAGACGUGGUGAGCCGCCUACGGCGGAUAAGCGUGCUGCGGCGUUUGAAAGCAUCUUUGGGCCCCGCAUGCCGUCCAAGCCCCCGCCGGAGCGCAGUGCGUCGUUCUCACCGCCCUCGGCGCGGACAGCGUUCUCUCAUGCGCCUGCGUACCCCCAGACGUACGUGUACACGGCCGUCUCUCCGACGUCGUCCACGACGGAUCUGCCGUGGCAGGCAUCGUACGCUCCGUCGACGUCUGCCGCCCACUACGUGGCGCCGUCGGCGCCACAUGCGUAUUCGGCCGCCGACACGUCGCUCGCCUCGAGCAUGAGCGCCGUGUCGAUCGAGUCGCCACCGCCUCCCACCCCUGCCAGGUCGGCGCCAUGGCCGACUCGGACGCUGUCGACGAGUGUGGCGACGCAUGUAUACCCGAGCCACGACCGCCGCCCGCCGACGCGAUAUGCUCCGCGUGCGUCGAUGGAAAGCACCGAGUCUUUCGACGAGGAGCGCCACCGUCCCUCUGACCUGCGCACCGUACCGAGCAUCGUGAGCAUGAGGCGGCAGCCAUCGCUCGCAUCGACGUCGGCCCCGGCCAUCGAGUCUGCAGCGGCGCUCGCACAGCCCAUGUCGCCCACGCGGACCUCGCGCACGACGGCGCCUCUCGUGCGCCACGCCUCAGGGCGCACGGUGCCGAGCACGGUGCAUCCUGCGCUCCUCUCGCAAGUCGCACAGGCCUUGGAGGCGGUGCUGCGCCCACGCUUCGACGGCAAAGAAGCCGUCGACCGCCUGGUAGAGCUGACGCACGUCUCGGACCGCAACAUGGUGCUGCUCCUCGGCCGUGCGCUGGAUGCGCAGCACUUUCUGCACCACGCCGCGUACACGCACCGACUGCGCGACUCUGAGCACGAGCUGUACGAGUUUACGCACGACCACUCGCACCUGCGUGGCUCUUUCAGCUCGACGCACCAGCCGACGCUCAGCCUGCUCGGCGCCGACGGCGGGGCGCUGGACGCGGCAUGCGCGACGUACCCGACGGGCGUAUUUACGCUGCUCACAGGCUGCUACAGCCCGACGUGCACGCGCGAUGCGCGGUGCUACAGCAUCACCUGUCCGUACCGCCUGGAGCGGCAGUCGCAGCUGGUCGUGCAUCCGUCGCUGCAGCACCACGAUAGCCACGAGAGCCUCGUGGACAUUUCGUCGCAGCUGUGGGCCGAGUCCGUGAGCAGCGACGUGUACGAGAGCGUGUCGCCGACGGAGCGCAAGCGGCAGGAGGUCAUCUUUGAGAUCAUCUCGACGGAGCGCGCCUACGUCCAGGACCUCGAGUACCUGCGCGACCUGUGGCUCACGCCGCUGAGCACGCAGCACAUUCUGCCCGAGGCGCGCCGCGCCGAGUUCGUGCGCGCAGUGUUCCGCAACCUGCUCGACAUUCUCGCCGUGAACGCGCGGCUCGUCGACAUGCUGACGCGCCGGCAGCGGCACCGCUCCGUGGUCGAGCACAUCGGCGACAUGUACGCGGAGGUCGUGCCGGACUUUGAGCCGUACGUGUACUAUGGCGCGCACCAGGCAGCGGCGCGCCUGCGCCUGGAAGAGGAGCGCGCGAUCAACCCGGUGUUUGCGAUGUUCGUCGAGGACACGGAGCGCAAGGCCGUCUCGCGGAAGCUGCCGGUGAACGGCUUCCUGACCAAGCCGACGGCGCGCCUCGCCCGAUACCCGCUCCUGUUCGAGCAGAUGCUCAAGUACACGGCCGACGACAACAUGGACAAGAUCAUCCUGCCCAAGGUCAUACACCAGAUCAAGGGCCUGCUCAGCCUCGUGAACGACGAGACGGGCCGCAGCGAGAACCGUCUGCAGCUCGGCUUCCUGAGCCAGCAGCUCCAGUUCAAGCCGGGCGAGCUCGUUGACUUGAAGCUCGGCGACGCGAGGCGCGAACUCGUGUUCAAGAGCGCCCUCAAGAAGCGCAGCGCGCAGUCCGACAGCUCCGAGAUCCAGCUGUACCUCUUUGAUCACGCGCUGCUCAUGGUCAAAAUCAAGGUCGUCCACAAGAACGAAGUGUACAAGGUGUACCGCCGGCCCAUCCCCCUCGAGCUCCUGCAAGUCACCAUGUACGAGGACGUCGCGACGAGCAAAGGCCCGCGCACACGCGCGGUGCUCUCGCGCUCGUCGUUCGGCCACCGCACCUGCCUCGCCCCCGGCGUCGGCUCGCCGCCCCUCCGACAAGACGCCAAGUCCGGCUACGCGCUCACGUUUACGUACCUCGGCAAGCAGGGCUACUCGCUCACGCUGUGGGCCAGCACGCUCGCCAGCCGCGACAAGUGGAUCGAGCACAUUGAGCUGCGCCAGCACCGCCUGCGCCAGCAGAGCUGCGUCUUUGACCUGCUCCCUGUGGCGCCGCGCGGCGCGCCCGUCGUCGUCACCUGCGCGGUGCCGUUCGACGGCGGGCGCCAGGUGUUCCUCGGCUUCCCCGACGGCGUGUACCUGCAGGACCUGCGUGAUCGCAGCCGCUCGCCGACGCUCGUGCUCCCCCUGCGCCACGUCCUGCAGAUGGACGUGCUCGAGGAGUUCCAGAUCCUCCUCGUGCUCGCCGAGCACGUCGUGUACACAUUCACCUUCGAUGCGCUCGAUCCAAGCGAUCCCGUCGCCUCGAUGCGCCACGGCCGCCGCAUCGCGAGCCACACGUCCUUUUUCCGCGCAGGCAUGUGCCUCGGACGCACGCUCGUGUGCGUCGUCAAGUCCGGCGCGGCCUCCUCGACCAUCAAGACGCUCGAGCCCAUCGACGUGCACGCCCGUGCCAAAAAGCACCCGACGUUCGGCAAGAUGCUGCCCAGCGGACAGGACACGCUGCGUGUGUUCAAGGAAUUCUACAUCCCCACCGAGUCCAGCUCGAUCCACUUCCUCAAGUCCAAGCUGUGCAUCGGCACCAUCAAGGGGUUCGAGAUCGUCGACCUCGAAACCCUCGAUACCCAGGGCCUCCUGGACCCCGCCGACGCGUCGCUCGAGUUCGUGCAGCGCCAGGAAAACCUCCAGCCUAUCGCCAUCUUCCGCAUCGACGGCGAGUUCCUCCUCUGCUACAACGAGUUCGCCUUCUACGUCAACAAGAAUGGCUGGCGCGCCAGGGCCUCGUGGCUCCUCCGCUGGGAAGGCACGCCCACCGCCUUCGCCCUGCACUACCCCUACGUCCUCGCCUUCGAUCCCCAGUUCGUCGAGGUGCGCCACGUCGAGACGGGCGCCCUGCACCAGGUCAUCACCGGCUACCAGGUACGCUGCCUCUUCUCCGACACGGCCGCCUCGACCCUCUCGACCCUGUCCCGCCUGCAUCAUGCACGCGCCCACAAGGCCCGCACGCUCUCCACCGUGACAGCGCCGGGCACACCACCCACCGCGCCGUACGCCGUCGCAUCGCUCGAUGGAUAUGUGUCCUCGACGUAUGCGAGCUCACCGCCCUCGUUCGUCGCGGCUCGCCCGCCUGGCCCGUGGACAGCCUCGCCCAGCCCCUACGCAUCGCCCUCGAUGCCCACCCCGCCACUCGCGUAUGCGUCAGCCGCCGCGCCGCCCUCCCAUGUACAGACGCCCCUCGUCGACUCGCUCCUAUCGAGCCGGCACGAGAUCCUCAUGUCCGGCGACUCGGCUGCCUUCCUCCUCCGGCCCCAUACCCCCGCGCCGCCAUAG